AUGGAGGGCAAGAAGAGUAUGCUCGUUCUCGCAUUGGUGUGCGUAGUCGUCGCCGGCGUCGGUGGCCAAGCCCCGGCAGCCGCACCGACAACUACUCCAGCCACUCCCGCUGCUCCCGCCACCGCCCCCGCCGCUAGCAGCCCUAAAUCGCCAGCUCCCGCAUCCUCUCCACCGGCCGCCACCCCAACCGCAGCACCGGUCGCUACUCCGCCGGCAGCAGCGGCGACUCCAGUCAGCUCCCCUCCACCAGCUGCCGCCGUUCCCGUCAGCUCUCCGCCGCCUGCAGCAGCUACCGCUCCUCCUACACCUGCUCCCGUCGCCGCUACUACGCCUACCGCCUCCCCUCCCGCAGCCGACGUCCCCGCGCCGGCUCCCAGCAAGAAGUCCAAGAAGAAGAGCGGAUCUCCGGCUCCCUCACCUUCAUUGUCCAGCCCUCCCGCUCCUCCUGUCGGGGCUCCCGGACCUAGCGCCGAAGCCAACGCCCCUGGCCCUGUCGUUGCCGAUGAGGUAAGCCAGUGGAGCAGAGAGCAUGAGGAGUGUGCAGAAGAUGAUGGUCGGUGGAAUGGCCGCACUGGUUGCUAUGGCUGUUGCAUUUUAGAGCGGAGCCGAUCGAUCUCCCCCGCCGUUUCUUUUGAGAGACAGGCAGAGCUUUUUGAUUUGAGUCGGGUAUGCAUUCACGCCGUCGAGCAAGAGGGAAUCCCCUGCGACAACAGUGGCGGAGACCUCUCUCCUUCCUCAACGAACGAGCCAGAGCAGCAACAGAGGCGGAGACCUCUCUCUUCCUCAACGCUUCGGCCUUCCCUCUCCUUCCUCGUCGGCGACGGGGUGAGCAACAGCAGCCAUCCGCCAAGGCCUUCUCUCUCCUUCCUGAACAGCGACGAGCGCCUCCAUCCUCAACGGCGACGGGGCGGAGCAGUUGGGAGAAUCGAGGGAAAGGAAGGGAGCGAUUUUCGUUUGGAACAACGACGGGGAAAGUGCGGAUCAGAUUCGCACGCUCGCCGACCGACGGGCCGCAAUUUGGCGGCCGAUGACCGGAUUUACUUGGGAGAAUCGAGGGAAAGGAAGGGAGCAAUUUUGCCGCAGGGGAUUUCUGUUUGGAACAACGACGAUGGUGAUGAGGACAUUGAUGACGACGACGGGAAAAGGGCGGAUCAGAUCCGCACGCUCGCCGACCAACGGGUUUUGCCGACCGACGGGGUUUAG